UCACACAGGAGGUGUGGUAGGAUUUUGUAUCACUUUCCAUGUUGGGCGCAGUGGAGGCAAAAUAAGAACAAGGAUGAGGAGAGGAGGAUAUUACAUGUUGAGGAACGAAACAGGGCUUCUUCCUCUUGUUCUUCUCCUUGCUUGGCUGGUGGGCUGGUUGGUUGGGCGAAAGUGGAAGAAAGGAAGAAGGAGUCGUAGAGUCCAUCUGAAUGCAUCCCAUCAAAGCGCAACUUUUAUCAUAAAUCUUGGUCUCAGCACAACUUUGCGUCCACUCACUUCCUCCUCGGGACACAUUCACUUACUCCGGCGGCACAAAUAUUUCCUCCGACUUAAAAGCAUCCCAAUCCUGAAUUUGUAUACGAGGCCUAAUGAUAAAGACGCGCUGCUGGCCCGUAUCUAGCCCCACACACACACGCCAUAUUUGCCCUUGCACAAUAUGAUCUCAGAAGAUAGUGCGUUCCAGCAGUCUGAGUAAAUUUGCUCAAAAUCUGUGUAUGCGCUACCCACACGAGAACAAGAAUAUUAGAGUAAUCACAAUGUCCGUAUUUUACCAAAACCGAUUUGAAGCAAAACUGAGCCUUUGCUCUCGUAAUAAAAUAACCGUAUAUUAUUGCCAAGCUUCAAGCUCCAUGCCAAAUCUUGAAAUCUUUGCUAAAAUCUUGAACAGCACCUAUUACCACUAACUUUGCCUCCUCAGACAAAGCAGCGUACCUAAAAAUUGUACGGAAUCUAAGCAUGAUAUGUGGCUGCACAUGGUGGUGCUUUGCAAAACAAUAGGUUAGUUACGGCAAAUAUCGUGUUGAUUCAUUUUUUUCCGUAGGCGACAUAUAGAUUUCCUUUUUCCACUGACUCUCUGCUAACGGGAGAGACACGAAUAAUACAGCUUUGAAAAGUCGUCACGUACAAAAUGUAAAAAUAUUUAUCGAAUUUCUAUACUUUACAGUGCCACUUGAUGUUUGUCCAGUGUGUGAGAAACGAAAUCAAUUGUUUUUACAUUGGUGACUGGUGAAUUAGUGACGAGGUGGCCGAUAUGGUAUUGCAUACGAGAGUGGGAGCAACACGAUGUCUUCUUGAAGUUCGAGAGUGCUCUCAUAAAAUAAAAUAACUUCCAACACGAGCAGCACUGUGCCGACCGACGACUUGGUUGCGUAUUAAAUAACGGAAAAUAAAGACAAAUUCUUUUACUUUUUCCUUAUCUCCCGAUUCCUGACUGCCGCACAUACUCGUUCGUGGGUUGCUAUACAUGCGAAAAGCAGUUUUUUCGACGAGCGAGCUUUUCUCUUCCCCAUUGAUGGAGAAUAACGAGUUCCUAGUUUAUUCUAUACAAAGUAUCAUUCGAGUGGGAUGGAAGACAUAAUCGAGAAAUAAAACCAAGUUGCGAAAAUACAAUUUCGUGUCAAAGAUCACCAACUUUCGUCCGCGUGAUGAACAUGCGAGAUUUCUUGACACACUCCUUUCUCCGUUUUGUUAAUCAACGAGCUUACUCAUAAAAAACAACACUUUUUAUCCAUUUUCCAUUUUUUCUAUUGUGUAUGGUCUGAUUUGAAUAUGUAGCAGGGAUAUAUAGCAGAUUUAAACAUAAUCUUACAUAUAGAAUUGUAUGCAUCAAAAUAUUCAAAUUAAAAAUUAAUGGCUACCAAAAAUACCUGAUUCGAACAGUAUUAUUAUAUAAAAUUCCGAGAAACGAAUGACUUUAACAAAGCGACUUGUUAGGGAGACACGAGUUAAAGUCAUAGUCUGACACACACAAUGGUGAAAGUAAGUGACUUGAAAGUGCUAUAAUCUUAUACUCUUGUGGUUGAGAUUGAUAAUACAUAAAUACCGAGAACUUAGCUGGCUCCAUCCGUUGCCAUGAUGAGAGCACAAUUUGUAUGCAUAAAACGGCUUCAUAAUUGGCAGAUGAAUGAUGUCACAAAGUACAGUUUCAUGAGAAGGAUUUUCUGAAAAGUAAAGUUUGGUGCUGUUGUGGUUCCAUCGAAAACUGUCGUCCUGACUGAAUUCCGUGGUGGAAACCUUACCUGUUUCGUGCCAUUGUGUGACUGUUUGUGACAGGGCUGAAUUACAUGAAUGAGCAAGAAGGCUACCGACUCAGCGACCAAUAUCUAAAUUGAUAUUCAGUGCAACUUAUGAAAUCCCUGAAUGCAAAUCAGUCAAUCGGUGAGCUAAGCUGCACUUUAGCUCCCAAUCGCAUAAAUCGAGCUCUUUAGAUGUAAAGGAAGCUUAUUACCUGAUUUUGAUCACGUCGCAUCACACCGUCCGUAUAUAUCCACUUCGAAAUUUUACUCGUUCACGUUCAUUUAAAAUACUUCAACAAUACCUGAGCAAAGACACAAUUGUACCUACAUAUUUACUCUACCAUCAAGAGAGCUAAUUUUAAAAGUCUAAUCAACUAUUUCAUGACUCGAAGCAAGAAGAUUUGUGUGAAAUGACUUGGACAAAUCUCGUAACCGAGUGAAAGACCAUAAUUUUAUCAUCAUUAAUUCGGCAACGAAUAUUAUGAGUUUAUCCAACAAAAGCGAAAUGCGCCCCUUAACCAAGCUCACAAAGAAAGCCGAAACGUUAAUUUUAGUACAAUUUUGUUGGAAGUGAGUACGUCAUCAUGGACAUGGCAAGCGUAUCACCAGGUGGGGUGGACAAUGGUAGAUUGGAAGAAAGUGGUGUGGGAGUCGAGGUCGAGACACCAGAAGAAGACGAAGACGAAGUCAGCCAAGGGCCACAAGUCACUCAAAUUGUGGCCCCACUCCUCCACCCACCGCCACAGCCGUCCAUCCCUCGCAUCGCUCCAAGUGCCACGCCCAUCCUCGUCCCCAUCGUCCUCACCACCCAAGGGACCACCACCGCCAAGCCCAAUUAUCACAACGCCAGUAUCAUUGCUGGCACCAGCUCUGCCGUCGCAGUCGCCACCACCAGUCUUGGGGGUGGAGGAACCAGCGUUCUCAUCAAAAAGGGGGAGGAGGAAAAACCCCUGUCGUCAGCAUGGGAAACUGCGCUUAGUGCCACUGCCAUGAACAAGCAGAGGAAACCACCAGUCCGUCGUGGGAAGGUCGUGCAGGACCGACCUGCACGGGCCUUAUUCUACUUCACCCUUAAAAACCCGAUUCGCAAAAUGUGCAUUGACGUGGUGGAAUGGAAACCAUUCGAGUACCUGAUAUUGCUUACAAUCUUCGCAAACUGUGUAGCCUUGGCUGUAUACACUCCAUACCCGAACAGUGAUUCCAACAGCACAAAUCAAACUUUGGAAAAGAUAGAGUACGUGUUUUUGAUAAUUUUCACUGCAGAAUGUUUUAUGAAAAUCAUAGCAUAUGGAUUUGUUGCUCAUCCUGGAUCCUACCUCCGGAAUGGGUGGAAUUUCCUCGAUUUCACAAUUGUAGUCAUAGGGUUAAUUAGCACAGCUCUUUCAAAUUUAAUGAAGGAGGGUUUUGAUGUAAAAGCGCUCCGAGCAUUCCGUGUUUUAAGACCUUUGCGGCUCGUGUCUGGUGUACCAAGUCUGCAAGUGGUCAUGAACUCAAUUCUGCGUGCCAUGGUGCCUUUGUUACAUAUCGCUCUUUUGGUCAUUUUCGUAAUUAUCAUCUACGCCAUUGUGGGCUUGGAGCUUUUCUCUGGAAAGUUGCAUCACACAUGUUAUGAAACCUACACAGGGGAAAUUAUGAAGGACCCUCAUCCCUGUCAACCAGACCGUGAUUCUUUCGGCUACUAUUGUGAUGAGCUGGGUGAAAACUACUCGUGUGAAUCCGGUUGGGAAGGGCCUCACGAUGGGAUCACAAACUUUGAUAAUUUCGGCCUUGCCAUGCUCACAGUGUUCCAGUGCAUUACGUUAGAGGGCUGGACCCAAGUAAUGUACGAUAUUCAAGACGCAAUGGGCAACACUUGGCAGUGGACCUACUUCAUCUCUAUGGUUAUCAUUGGAGCUUUCUUCGUGAUGAACCUUAUUCUUGGUGUGCUUAGCGGUGAAUUUUCCAAAGAGAGAGAGAAGGCGAAAGCGAGAGGAGAUUUCCAAAAGCUGAGAGAAAAACAGCAAAUCGAGGAAGAUUUGAGGGGUUAUCUCGACUGGAUAACACAAGCUGAGGAUAUCGAGCCUGACGCAGAGGAUAAAGGCCGAGACAAAGGCGACUGGAAGGGUGAAAUGGAGUCGAAGGAGGAAUGCGACGAUUCGGAAAUCCACACUUCAAGGCUGCCUUGGUUCCACGCUAAACGGCGAGCUUUAGAAAGAUUAAUCCGACGAUUGAGACGAGCAUGUAGAAAGGCCGUCAAGUCUCAAGCGUUCUACUGGCUAAUAAUAGUUCUAGUCUUCCUAAAUACGGGUAUCCUGUCCACCGAGCAUUACAAGCAACCUGCCUGGUUGGAUGAUGUCCAAGAAGUGACAAACCUUUUCUUCGUUGUUCUCUUCACUUUGGAAAUGCUCCUCAAGAUGUUCAGUCUGGGUUUCCAGGGUUACUUUGUGUCCUUAUUCAACCGUUUCGAUUGCUUUGUGGUGAUUAGCAGUAUUUUGGAGAUUGUGCUGACCAAGACUGAAGUGAUUCCCCCUCUCGGGGUAUCCGUCCUACGAUGCGUCCGGUUAUUACGAGUUUUUAAAGUAACAAGAUAUUGGAGAGCGUUAUCCAAUUUGGUGGCAUCCCUUUUGAAUUCCAUCCAGUCCAUUGCAUCCCUGCUCCUCUUGCUCUUUUUAUUCAUCGUUAUCUUUGCCCUUCUGGGCACCCAAGUUUUCGGAGGAAAGUUCAAUUUUGACCCGACCAAGGAGAAAGAGCGUCAAAAUUUUGACACAUUUUGGCAAAGCUUGCUCACAGUGUUUCAGAUUCUAACUGGUGAAGACUGGAACGAGAUAAUGUACAACGGGAUCAAAGCGUAUGGCGGUGUUGGGUCUAUUGGGAUCGUGGCCUGCAUUUAUUUCAUUAUUCUCUUCAUCUGCGGAAACUACAUCCUUCUUAAUGUAUUCUUGGCCAUUGCCGUGGACAACUUGGCAGACGCGGAUUCUCUCACAGCAAUCGAGAAGGAGGAGGAAGAAGCCGCCGCGGCAGCUGCUGGAGCCGGUGUGGUUAAAGAAAUUACGGAAGAGAAGGAGACAAGCCGCAUGGAAGAGCUGGAGGUGGAAGAAGAAUAUCACAAUAACACGGAAGAAGUUAUACGGGAAGGCGAUGAGCUGGAACACCAAAUUAGUUUCGAGACUGAUGGAGAGGAGUACGAUGACAGUAAGGAUGCUCAAGAAGGUGACGACGAGGACGUGAUGGAGUACAUCGAGGAGGAAGAAGAAGAAGUCCAGCCCACGGCACGUCCUCGUCGCAUGUCUGAAAUUCGAUCGAGCAUAAAAGUCAAACCGCUACCGAAAGCUUCUAGUUUUUUUGUCUUUUCUCACAAAAAUCGAUUUCGAGCAUUUUGCUACUGGUUUGUGAACCAUAACAUGUUUGGAAACGUGAUCCUUAUUUGCAUCCUCAUCUCUUCGGCAAUGCUCGCAGCGGAAGAUCCCCUCAAUGAAAAAUCGGAGAGAAAUUUGAUAUUGAACAAAUUCGACUACUUUUUUACUACCGUGUUCACAAUUGAGAUUUGCUUGAAGAUGGUCUCAUUCGGGUUUGUCCUACAUGAAGGAGCAUUUUGCCGAUCAGCCUUCAACCUCUUGGAUCUAUUGGUGGUUUGUGUCUCUCUGGUUUCGUUCGGAUGGAGAAGAUUUAUACAGCUUCUGUGCGAGUCGUAUCUGGGCGGAGUGUUAAUAAAAGAUACGAACUCGUGUGUUCACACUUUCAUCCGGUCUCGAUCCCACGAUUUUUCUGGAACGAUAUCUGUUGUGAAGAUCCUCCGAGUACUGCGUGUGCUGAGACCGCUUCGAGCCAUCAAUCGUGCCAAGGGCCUCAAGCACGUGGUUCAAUGUAUGAUCGUUGCGGUGAAGACGAUUGGAAAUAUCGUCCUUGUUACAUGCCUCCUCCAGUUCAUGUUUGCCGUAAUUGGAGUCCAACUCUUCAAGGGAAACUUAUUCAAAUGCUCGGAUCCAUCAAAGAUUACGAAGGAGACUUGUCAGGGGACUUUUGUGGACUAUGAGGAUGCAGAUUUACACCGACCGGUGUACGCUGAACGAGAAUGGAAGAAUAAUGACUUCACAUUCGACAACGUGGGCAAAGCUAUGCUUAGUCUCUUUGCUAUUAGCACGUUUGAAGGAUGGCCUCAAAUGCUGUACAACUCGAUCGAUUCUCAUACAGAAGAUCACGGACCAAUUCACAACUACCGUCCACUUGUGGCUGUCUACUACAUCGUCUAUAUUAUCAUAAUUGCUUUCUUCAUGAUCAACAUUUUCGUGGGUUUCGUUAUCGUCACCUUUCAGAAUGAGGGGGAACAGGAGUACAAAAAUUGCGAACUUGACAAAAACCAGAGAAACUGUAUAGAAUUUGCUCUAAAGGCGAAACCUGUCCGUCGCUACAUUCCUAAGAACCGUUUGCAGUACAAAGUGUGGUGGCUCGUGACUUCGCAACCCUUUGAAUACGUUAUCUUUAUCCUUAUCCUUAUCAAUACUAUCACCCUCGCUAUGAAGUUUCAUGGACAACCGCAGGGAUACACACACGCCCUCGAUGUUCUUAACAUGAUCUUCACGGCAGUAUUCGCACUAGAAUUCGUGCUCAAGUUGGCUGCCUUCAGAUUCAAAAAUUAUUUUGGUGACGCCUGGAACGUUUUUGAUUUUAUCAUUGUUCUCGGCAGUUUUAUUGACAUUGUUUACUCGGAAGUUAAUUAUCGCGUGAGCAAACAAGCUCAGUGGCUUCGUCCAGGAAAGCCAUCCGGAAAGAACAUAAUUUCCAUCAAUUUCUUCCGAUUGUUCCGAGUCAUGAGAUUGGUGAAGCUUUUGAGCAAAGGGGAAGGAAUUCGGACACUACUCUGGACUUUCAUCAAAUCCUUCCAAGCACUCCCAUACGUCGCCCUUCUCAUUGUGAUGCUUUUCUUCAUCUUUGCCGUUAUUGGGAUGCAGGUCUUUGGGAAAAUUCGGCUUAAUGACGACACAGAAAUUACAAGAAACAAUAAUUUUCAAACAUUCCCUCAAGCUGUCCUUGUUUUAUUUCGGGCUGCAACAGGAGAGUCAUGGCAAGAAAUUAUGCUUGCGUGCUCGGCCAGACCGUCCGUCCUUUGCCAUAAUGCUGAAGUUGACCCAUUGACGAACAUCACAUCGACGGAGACAUGUGGGACGGAUUUUGCAGUUCCUUACUUUAUUUCAUUCUACUUCUUGUGUUCAUUUCUGAUAAUUAACCUGUUUGUUGCCGUUAUCAUGGACAAUUUCGACUACUUGACAAGAGAUUGGUCCAUUUUGGGACCACAUCAUUUGGAUGAGUUUGUUAGACUGUGGUCAGAAUAUGACCCCGACGCCAAAGGACGUAUAAAGCAUGUAGAUGUUGUAACACUUCUUCGUAAGAUAUCACCUCCACUUGGAUUUGGCAAGUUGUGUCCCCACAGAGUGGCUUGCAAAAGACUCGUAUCGAUGAAUAUGCCUUUAAACAGCGAUGGAACUGUCAUGUUUAACGCCACGCUAUUUGCCGUAGUGAGAACAUCCCUAAAAAUUAAGACGGAUGGGAAUAUUGAUGAAGCAAACGCAGAAUUGAGGAAUGUUAUUAAGAAAAUUUGGAAAAGAACAAGCCCAAAAUUGUUGGACCAGGUUGUUCCUCCGCCUGGAGUGGAUGACGAAAUCACCGUUGGAAAAUUUUACGCGACAUUUCUCAUUCAGGAUUAUUUUAGACGGUUUCGAAAAAGGAAAGCAGAGCUUCAAAAAGAAGAUGGAGAUAAAGAGUCUCAAAAUACCGUGACAUUAACUGCUGGCCUAAGGACCCUUCAUGAAGCGGGUCCUGAACUUCAGCGUGCUAUUUCCGGGAAUUUAGAAGAGCUUAUUAACGAUGACCCUGAACCAAUGCACAGAAGAAAUCACUCAUUAUUUGGCUCAAUGUGGUCAUCGCUUCGUAGAAAGAAUGUAGGUCAAGACAAUGCAAUGAAGCACACUAAAAUCCCAUUAGUGACCCCAGAACUCGGUGGGGCAUCAACAAAUCACAUUUCCUCGUCACAAAAAAACCUUGCACCGUCAUUUAUGAACGAGAUGAUAUCGUCAAGCAUAAAUGGUGAUGACGUCGGCAUUCCAAUGAGACCACUGAGGGUCUCCUCAAUUUCUGCAGGACCUGCAACGUACCUUGCCCACGGGUAUAGCGAGAAAGAUGAAACCCUUGUUUCCCAACCAGUUUUAGGAAAACGGGUCACUCCAAUACUCUAUAACGGUGGGUUGAGAGAGAAUCUUACUCCUGGAGAUCCUAAGGCGUUGUCACUACCUGAAGUUGUCGGCUCUGCGGAUAGCUUAGUAGUCAGGAUUUUGAAGCAACAAGGUCUCCUAAAAUACAGCAACGAUCCAGAAUUUGUUCGCUAUACGUCUACCGAGAUGCAGGAAGCGCUUGAAAUGACGCGAGAAGAAAUGGACCGUGCUGCACAUCGAUUAUUGUUGGAAGAACAAACUUCAGCAGCCCCGAUAAAAUUGCCAAACUUUAAAAAUGAAGAGCUGGAUCUGGACCUGGAUGAGGACACUGAUACUGAAGAAAGUAACCUAGAUCAGCCAUAACUACUUACAUAUAUAAAUCCGUGACGAAGGGUCAUUUAUCUUACAAUAUAUUUUGCAUUUUUGCAUUUUUGCAAACUUUUUGACAUAUUUAAUAUAGAUUUUCCUCUAACGUAACUUUCCGAUAUGUCAGAGAAAGAAGGGAAAAAGAGAAAACAGUGAUAAAUGAUAAUAAGAUUAUAGUCAGUAGUGCAAUUUAUUACCAAAGUAAGAAUAUCUAACUCAGAGUAUUUCCUCUUUUGCAACGGACACUCGUAUCAAUCCGUCAUUUGUCGUUGCAAUUUUUGAUGCCAAAACCUGUACUAGUGAAGAGAAGGGAGUAUUCUAUUUUAUCUUAUUCAAUUUAUUCUCGUGUUCAAUAACUCAAGCAUUGUGAAUGAAAUGUCUUAUUACAUUACUGUUCCCAGCAAAAUACAUUCACAUUAUGAACUAUAUUCUACCUAGGUAAUUAAUUAGUAUGUACGUUUCUCUCCAUCUCAUUUUUUCCAACUCGGGCUGAACUGAGCUUGACAUGUUCAAUUUUGUAAUAUUGAUAACACGAUUGUGAAAAAGGAGCAGAUUAUAACGAAGAAAUAAUAAAAAAUGUUAAUUAUAAUCGUGACAGAAA